AUGGCAUCAGAAUACGCAGAUUACAUCUUCUACGGUGGAAGUAUUAUCACCAUGGAAGAAGGGAAGCCGUCAGUGGAGGCUUUGGCUGUUAAAGGAACAAUUAUUUUAGCAGUUGGAAAGCGUGACGAAGUGUUCGCUUUAGCUGGGCCAUCAACAGAGUUCGUGCAUCUAAACGAUCGGCAGACCCUUCUACCUGGUUUCAUUGAGCCUCAUAGUCAUGCUGUAUUGAUGGCGUCGUUAAAAACGGUAAGAAAGCCAAAGGCUUAAAUAUAACUUACUAUUAAACAGAGAGCUUUUAUUUACAUGUAUUCCACAAGUCAUGAUAACGGGUCAUUAAUGUUUUGCUAAUUGGCCGGUAAAAGCCAAACAGUUUCCCAUUGAUAAAGGAAAAAACAAACAAACAGAAGACACAACUUGUUAAGGCCGAUACACACGAGGGCUGUUGCUCCCGGAGCAUGCUCAAGGCUCAUUUUCCACCGGUCAGUACACAAGAGAGAGCGUUUUCAAGUUCGCUCAAUUUCCCCCGGAUCUUUCUCCCAAAUAUUUAACCGGUUAAAUAUCGUGGAGCAUUUUGCGGGGUGGAAAUUCUGCUCCCGAGGAUGAAGUUUAUCCUUGAAAUUGUUUGUACACACGGAGGAGCUUUGUCCGGGAGCGUGCCCCUGGAACAUGCUCCGGGCAAAGCUAUCACGCGCAUAAAAAGAUGAUUAUUUUGAUCUUUUGAUUUUUGUUUUCUAAACAGCUUAGAACACUUAAUGAAUUACUAGUGGAAAAUUCUCUUCUUCUAAAAUUUCAGUAUUAGAGAGUUUUUCUUAAAGGGGCUGUGUCACGGCAGCCCAGUUCAUUUUGUUUAAUUUUGUCAAUUACUCGCCCUACGUUCGCCCUUAAUCGCUAUGGAACUUAAAGUAAGCAAAGAAAUUACAUGUAAAUGACAAAAUCAGUGAUCCGAGACGAACAAAUAUGUCUCCUGAGCAUUAUUUUUGAAGUUGCUAGUAGCAGGAAGCAACUUUGAAAAACUGUUAGGCUGAACAGUUUUCGAAAACCCUAAUUUUAAGGGUGUUCCGAAAACUAAGACCCUCCCUGGUUUUUUAUCCAUAAAAAUCGUAAAAUUUGCUUUCCACGUGCUGGAUAUGGAUUUUUGCCUUCGUGUCUCCGCGACAAUGAUUGCGUUACCUAAAAAUCACCCAAGGAGCGUUUUGUUUUGAUUGCUUGUCAAGAGCCCAUUAUGGCUCUUGUUGUUUGUCUAUUUCAUUUUUUUCUGAAACUAAAACGCAAAAUUUUCGAGAUGAUGCAUUGAUGGUACUGGAAAUUUGUUCAUUCAUUCAUUUUAUAUUUAAUAAGUGAUUUUAGCCAGUAUCGCUCACAGACUAUUUCCCCUUGCCCCUAUCCUACCCCUCAACUACCCUUAGAUUGUAACUUUUCAACUGGUUUCCGGUGAUCUCCGGGGUGGCAACGUUUAAAAAAAAAAAAGACUCAUGAAAAACGUAAUAUAGCAUACACUCUUUUGAUACCAAUUUUUAAGAAAGCAUUUUUUUGGCUAUGGCCUCGCCUGGCCAGAAAAGGAAAAAAACCCGUAUUUUUGUGUGAUGUUUAACCAAUAACGCCGUUGACCACUUGACGAUCGGAAUAUAUUCAGCCGGCAACGAAGGCAAAAAUCCAUCUCCAGUGGAAAGCCAAUUUUACGAUUUUUUAAGCAAAACAGCUAAAAUUAUAGACCAAUCGGCGGGGUAGGGCAUAUUUUCAGUGUACAGUUAUACACAGGUAAUUGCUUUCAUCCUCUUUUUUCUGCAAAUUAAGAAGAAGCCGCGGUUUGUCAGCACGCGGAUGAUAGUUUUUGGUUGUUUUACGGAUUAUAGUCUUUCAACGGUCGUUAUUCCACUUCAUAGGGGGUCUUAGUUUUCGUAAAAACGAAAACUAAGAGGGGUCUUUGUUUUCGAAAUUACGAAAACUAAGACCCCUAAAUUUACCGUUAAGUUUGACCAAAAACUCGGUGGAAAGAAUCGGACAGAAAAUAAUUUGGCAGAUUAGACCUAUUUUGGUUACAAUUUGACUUCAUAUUCCAACAGAUUCGAUUUUAGGAGGUCUUAGUUUUCGUAAUCUCGAAAACUAAGACGGGUCUUAGGUCUUAGUUUUCGAGGGUCUUAGUUUUCGGAACACCCAAAUUUUGAUCCGUUUCAAUAUUCUUCAGAUUUGCCCAUCCGUGGCAUCUGUUGUUUCUGUUAUGUUAUUUUAACCUUAAUUCCUUUAAAGUUUUAAGCGGUUAUUUUUAUGUUUCUCUUAAUUUAACGGGCAUUUUGUAAUUUCCUAAUUUGGCUGAAUUUCGUGACACAGCUCCUUUAAGAAACCGACUGAUCGUUUCCAUAGUAAAAUGUAAUGGCCUCCGAUCGGGUAGUCGACUACACGGCCGUUUUUAGUGUCGCACGCAACGCUCCUCCCCUCAAAAUGCUUCGUUUAAAGUGGAGGUACACUUAGCUCUUCUAGUUGUAGUUUUGUUCACUACACAUUGCACUUCACCUGCCUUGUCCCCAGUCGCUCGUGAUGACGUUUUUGGGGGAUAUUUGAGUUAAUUAUUAAGAAAAGAGGGGACGAAAGGAGUGAUGGGAAGCGAACUGCGUUCGUUCCCACCAUACCCCUCUAGCACUUCUCGCUUGUCUCCAGGUCUCGCACUUCUAGCCGGUUACGUGCUCCCAGCCAAGCCUUAGGAAGGCCUGUGGAGGAGGCAAGCACUCUAUUCCACUAGACAAACAAAUAAUACAAAACAAUAUAACAUGAAAUUGCAUGACCGAAAAACUGAACACUUCUAGGCGAUCACCACUAACGGUCAUUCAUCAGCUAUUGCCGAACUUCAACUUCAACUGGUCGCAAUUUGAAAUGGGACCAUUUUGACAUUUUAGCAACAAAAAAAUAAGAUACCCAUUGUAGAAUUAAGGAGACUCUUCUUAUUAGGGAAUUAAGACCAGCCCUAAAUGAAAAUAUAAGCAGCGAAAAGCUUUACUUAUACUAGUUUGCAUAAUUUCAUGCAAAUUUUCUCAUCUGUCACAUUUAUUUGUCUUUUCCUUCCCGUUAAUUAGUUCCUUAUCUUCCUUUUUUAUUAUUUAGUUAGUUAUUUAAAUUUAGUUACUAUACUCAUGUUAACGGUCACUUCUAAAAGAUGUAUGUUGAAGCAUACAAAACGUCAAUUUCGAUAUUAUAAAAAGUCAGUUAUACAAUGCGUUUGUUAUUUCUGAUGUUUGUAAGCGCAGUUUGUGUGUUAUUCCUUUUAAAACUGAGAUUGCCAAAAACCAAAAGCAUUUAUUACAUAACAAUAACAGGAAUGGCAGGGGAAACCAGUUAUUCUCUCUUGUCAAAAGCAUGACCGUGGGUUUGAGCUUGGGACGACCAACAGAAACAUUCGAACCCGGGAGCAUCAGAUUGCGCUUUCCGCCAGGCUGCCUCCUAAUUUAUGUAAUUAUAUUAGUUGUAUUCUUUAAUAAUUUCAUAAGUAAGCCACCCAUGACCACAGGGACAUAUCGUUACGUAGCUCGCCUGACAGUUUUUUGUAUUUACUUGAAGCUACUUGACUUCGUUAGCGGUAUUUCUCUGGCCUCUUCCGGCCCACGGAACGAAAGAAAACCCUGGGAAUAAAGUUUCUUUUUAAACGAGAACAACCUUUAGCUUCUAGGGGUGAUGAAUGGUCCAUUAAAAUUUUUAACUGCUCGCAAAAUUUUACCUUUGCUCGAUUUGCUCGCAAAAUUUAAACGAGUGCUCACUUGCUCGUGCUUCCCCAAUUUUUGCGUUGCUCGCAAGCUCGCAAAGCAAAUUUUUUAUUUCUGCUCGUUCUUGCAAAAAAAUCGCAGUGCUCGGCAUGCUCGCAAAGACCAAUUGUCACCCCUGCUUCUGGCGUCGCAGUGGUAAAAUAACUAACCCCCCAAAAAUGUCUUUAACUUUUUCUUUUGACUUUUCCUUCAUAAGGAAACAAGCUAUCUUCAAUCCCGCCUUGUUUCUAAUCUUGCAGAGGAUUAACGGUGUUGAGAGGUUUGUAAAGAUCGACGGGUACGACCAUCAUUCUUAUGCGGAGAUCAAAUGGCUAAUGGAGAAUAAGAUCGCUUCACUCGACCCAACCGCCAAGCCUCUACCCUGGGCCCUGUUCUUCGGUUGGGAUUCCGAGUUAAUUCCAGACUUGCCAUUCCUUUCGAAGGACGUCUUAAAUGAUUUUUCAACUGAAAUUCCUACUGGUGUGAUUGGACAGAGCGGUCACGUAGCCUGGGUGAAUCAAAAGGCUUUUGAGGUGGGUUUUUAAUUAAUGUAUUACAGGUACUCAGUUAAAAAAAAAAUUAUCUCAUUUAUUACUUAAUAAUGUUUUUACUGGCAAUUAGAGUUACAAAUAUACUUACGGAAAACGAAAAUGCAUUCGUGUAAACUUCGCCCGCUCACCAUCGAAUUAUUCACCGCUUUGAGACAAAAAUUUGACCGAGUAUAUUUUAUGUGACAAUUUUUAAGCCAUUAAUUAAAGCACUUUUUUGUCUGUACCUUAAUAUACUUGUACCAACGAAGACUCAGAAUCGUCAUACAAGCGAGGGGAGUCGAGUCUUGACAAGUCUCCUCGCUCGUGUAUUUCUCUAGCCUGUGCCAGGCUCUCAGAUAGUAUAGUGCGGACGUAUUAAAACGAGCAAAGCGAAAAUAAGACGCCCGCGACUUGGAAAAGGGGGCGGUGGCGUUUUUCGCAUUUCUUUUUACUGAACGACUUUUCACUACUAUCUCGGAGCCUGGAAUAGGCUAGUAUUUCUCUAUACCUCGGCGGGAAGAAAUAGAUAAUCCACAAUGGUUUGCUUGGUCUUUAUUCACUGUAAGGUUUGUUUCAGAUCGCAGAUUCCCCAGACCUGAUACUUUACCUUCCUCGCAACAGUAUUUAUCAUAACUAAAGCAUUGAUCUUUGAGUCUAACAAAUAAAGAAUAGAACCUGUUGUUGUUGACAGCGACUGACCUUUCGACAACCUGUGCGGUAGUCAUCUUCAUAGCCAACUCCCAAGAGAAACUGAAGACACUGCUUAUGCAAAAUUUUAGAGUGACAAACAAAGAGCAUUAUUGUAUGUUAUGGUAUUUCUGGAGUGGUCAAUUCCCUUUGAUGGGGUAAUUUUGAAGAUAUACAGGCUGAAAAAUAUAUAAGCGUGAGGAUUUGUUUCCUCGGGACUCCGAACACCACAGUCUUUAUAGACAACGAGGUUUUGUAGUUUAUUUGAACGAAUAAGCAUUGAUCGGUGAAAUGAAUCCUCCCUGAAAUCAGGAAUUCUUUGAGAAGCCAAACAAAGCCUGGUUGUCAUUAACCCUUUAACUCCCAAUAGUGACCAACAUCAAUUUUCUCCUGACAAUAUCCAUACGUUGUCAAGAGAUAAGAUUAUGAGAAUUAAUAAAACGAUCACCAAAGAGAAAAUCCUUGAUCUUUUAUAAAAUUACCUAGUCAACUAAUUCUUAAAAGAUUUGCAUAGCGAUCAAUUAAGAGAAUUUAUAUUGUAGAUAUUAGGGCUUAAAGGGUUAAAGCCGGCUUAGAAUGAUACGUAAAAACUAUUUCUUUCGCCUGAAGUAUUUUUUACUUACCAAGUUAAAAACGCAGAUGACGAGACAUUCGUCUCUUCAGUGCUUGCAUGCGUUUUCCGUAAAAUGUCUUUUAAGGCCGUUGUACUUUGUAGUCGUGCAGGGACGGCAGAGAAAUAUAAGAGAAAAGUGUGAUGCACGUACGGUACAGAGCUAUUUUUUUGCUCAAUUAACCUAUUCCUUUGUUUGAAGUUCUCGUAUACCUUCCGAGAAAAUUUGUGUCCAAACUAAACCCAGCAUUUUAAGUAUUAGAGCGAUUUUUCCUAUGACCUUGAAAAACUGUUUCGGUAAGUGUUCGUUAUUUGUUUUAUCAGCCAGUGGAUGGAAAGAUCAAAGCAUGGACUCUUCGUUUUCCCGCCAAAGAGAAACCCAAUAUGGAGGAAGCAUUGUUCGAUUGGCCAAUCGUUUUGCAGUAUGACGUCAAAGCGAAGUAUCGGUUGAUUUCUAGAAAAUUCUCAGGCAUAUAAUUAUGAAGUUUUUUCACCGAGCGUUCGCUUAACCAACCAAAAGCCACGCGCGUUUGUAUCCGUUCGAUAAACCAAUCAAAUCGCUCAAUUUCCGUUUGUUUGUUGUUUCUGUUUUCAGGGUUCGCGCGUUUUUAAAGUCAUACGAAAAUCGCUCUAUUGUGGCCCUCAAAUAUUUUUUUUGCCUCUUCCAGAUUGCCGGAGUGGACGACAGUACUGAAGAUCCUUCAGGGUUUGUAAAAGAUGAAAACGGUCAUUUGACUGGGCAAUUAUUUGAGGUCCCUGCAAUGAAGAAAAUCCUCGGAUCCUCACCACAACCAAAAGCUGAUGAAAUGAAGAUGGCAAUCGAGGAACAAUGGAGAGAUUACGCAUCCCGUGGCUUUACCACAGUCACAGAUCUUCUGUUUUGCAUGAAAAGCGACGAUACCGAAGACACUAAUGUUGCACUUAAUAUUUUAAAGAGCGUAUCAGAGAGUCAAUUUUGCCCAGUACGAUUAGCAUUAUAUCGUGCAUUAGAUGCCUCAGGUAUGUCGGCAAAACUGCACCCUUGUGUUGUUUUCGUAUGGUGGUUUUUUGACGUUAUCGCCAGAUGCGUGUGACCGUCUCGUCUUCAUCAAACUCUUAAGGUCAAGUAAUACGGGAAACAUUUAGCUCUCACUAAACACAUUUUUGACCAAUCACAACGCAGGAUUUUCUGUGCUUGCAAGGGGUAAUAGAUGCAACAAUGCUUUUCAACUUGCAAUGCAAAACUAUUGCUACAUUUCACGUUUUUGUUAUCCAUUUUACUGCAGUUUUAUGAGAAGAAUAAACUCUCUCUUAACAUUUGGGAUUACAUCCACUGUAGCUCCUUCGUAAAAAAAUCAGAAGAAAACAGUUAUCCAGAGUAAAUCCAUACUUCAAAAAGUACUUCUGCGAUUCAGGGCUUCACCCAUCACCAGUCUCAGAAAAAAGGCAGAAUCAAGAGAACCAGGGAUCAUGAGGGCUGGUACACGCAGACUGCCUCUCUAAGUUGGUCAAUUACCUGCUAGUGUUCCACAAGGGUCGACCGUGGCUCUUCCACGUGAUGUUCAGGGAGAAUUAGGAGAGACGUCACCCUUCACAUAUAUUUCCCUCUGGGUGAGGUUCAAAAGACGAGUCAGAGUUCAGAUAACUCUGGACAAUACAACACAACCCGCAAUUUAAAACGCAAAAGGACAGUGUUCUUCUUAAACAACAGCGCAUUUCAGUCUGUUUAAGAUGGUAUAUAAUAUUUGAAACCUUAUUGGCUUAUUAUAAGUUUUGAGCAAACAAGGAAAUUGUCACCAUGACUCUCGGACUUUUUUUUAUCUUUAUUUUAAAGACCUCUUAACUGCCGGCGGGAAGAUACAGCCAACGUUCACGCCAAAUGAUAAUCUUUGGAUAGCUGGAGUAAAGGUCAUUAGUGAUGGCUCACCCCACUGUGGUACAGCUGCGAUAAAAGACCCAUACCUAGAGUCCAAUCUCACCAAGAUCCUCGGAUUCCCACCCACACCAAAUUAUGGUAAAAUGAACUACUCAGACAAUAAACUAAAGGAAAUGGUCAGUUUUUUUCACCAGCAAGGAACCCAGAUUGCUGUACACGCUCACGGGGAGCGUGCUAUUGAUCAAGUGAUCGAGGCGUAUGAUAAGGUAAGAGGUCUGUCUGCAAUCGAAGGUACGUUAUAACAACCACUGAGCUACUGAAUACUCGAGUCUAAAGGAGGGGAAAUCUUACGAACUGGGUCUGAAAUGGAGUACAAAAAAUACGGGUCUUGGCAUUGUUAGAUUUGUAUACAUAAUUUUGCCUCUCAGAACUACCGUUUAAGUCUAAGAUAGGAAAUUCUAUAUUUUGUUACGAAAUAGGGUCGGGCAAGUCACAUAUUUUGGUUUCAAACACGGCAAGGGUCUCCGGAGACCCAACUAACUCCCUUACCUCCGGAUGUAAGAUGAGAGAUUCAAUUUGUUCCAAGCAAUUGAAUUGCAUUGUCCACCAUCUGCACAAUUUUAAUUGCGUAUUAAAAUACGUAUUAAAAUACGUGGCAACGACUGUUAUGUAUAUGGCUCCUGGUGACGACCGUGCCAGGUAAAGAGAGAAAAGAGAGCGGAAAUUCUGAGGUUUUUCGCUCCAUUGAAAAUUAAAUCUUUGCAUGUUUUAGGGAAAGUUGAUUCUUCUCGACAUUCAGUUAGCCUCUCCCAUCGCCAACAAAGUUGACUUUGCACUCAUAUGUGAUGAUUUUAAAAUUGAAGUUAUUUUCCUAUUAAAACAGGUUUUAGACAAGAGUUGUAAAGAUCCUAAUCCAUUACGCCACCGAAUUGAACACCUGGGAUUAUGUACAGUGGAGCAAAUUGAGCAGGCCGCGAAGCUUAACCUGGCCUUGUCUUUCUUUGUGGCCCACCUAUACUUUUACGGAAAAACAUACACUGAACACAUCUUUGGACCAGAGCGCACAAACCGCUGGACACCCCUCUCGGCGGCAACCAAGGCUGACCUUCGUUGGAGUAUUCACCAGGAUCACGCGACCUUUCCAGGCCCCCCGCUUCCCUUUGCGAAUAUCAAGACGGCGGUGACUCGCACACAACGAGAUGAAAAAGAGAAGGUGUACGGAUCAGAAUACUGCGUUACAAUUCACGAGGCAAUGAAGGCAGUAACCAUUGACGCGGCCUGGCAGCUUCACAAAGAUGACUGUUUGGGCAGCUUAAGAGAAGGCAAAAAGGCUGAUUUAGUCAUUGUCUCAGAUAAUCCCUACAAGGUAAUAACAAUUAAGAAAUAUAAAAUGUUUAUCACGUCACGUCCAUGAAGUAAUGAAAGAAAAUAUGAGACGGACGAGAGUCACGUUAAUAGAGAGAUUUAGAGUGACGUUUACGGCAAACAGCAAACGUCAGAUUCAAGUUAAUAAUUUCUCAAAAUAGAAAACGUGCAGCUUAAAACAGUGGAAACCGUCUCGGACAACAAAUGGGAAAUUUGGAAUUUGAUAUUAGGGUUUAAAGGGUUUUUAUACUCUGUUUUUUGUCAAAAGGUGGAUCCGUUAACGUUGGAAGAUAUCGAGAUCCUCGACACAUACAUGAAUGGCCGACGAACAAACCUCACCAAAAAGGUUACCCCGCACAAGAAACUUGGAUGA